AUGCAGGAUGAUCCAGCGGUGUGUUGCACAAAUGAAGUGCAGGCUGCGGCUGAAAACCCACUGGAGCCUACUGACCACAGCACAUUGCCUGCAACAGACAGUGCACGUCUGGCAAGCAUCAUUCAAGGCUUGAACAAAGAAAUUGGAAGGCUUCAAGAUGAGUGUGGACUUCUCCGACAUCAGUUGGAAAUGGCAAGAGAAACAAUUCAGGAACUGCAAGCAGAGAAGCUCUCUCUUGAUUGCCAACUUGCUCAAGAAAAAGAAGACGCUUCUCCAUUUACUAUUCAACGAUUCAAGGACAGUGAUGAAGACGUUAUGUUCUAUACCGGCCUUCCAAGUUACAAACACUUUGUUGAAUUGCUUCUUUACAUCAACCCCGGGGAUGGUGGCUGCAACGUUUUACGCGCAGAGAGCAGCAGUGGAACAGGAUCAUUGAAGGGGCGUAAACGAAAGCUGAGCACCGAAAACGAACUAUUCUUAGUUCUUGUUCGGCUACGCCUUGGUCUAUUUGAGGCAGAUUUAGCUCAUAGAUUUUUUAUCGCACAAUCGACAGUCUCAAGAAUUUGCAAAUCGUGGCUAAACUUUCUGUAUGCCAAAUUAAGCGUGUUGCCUCUGUGGGCGCCUAGGGAAACAGUUGAUGCGACCAUGCCACCAGAGUUUGCUGAAAAGUAUGCGUCGACACGAGUAAUUUUGGAUGCCACUGAAAUUAAGUGUGAGGUGCCCUCUUCUUUGUCUCUCCAGUCAUCUACCUAUUCGUCAUACAAGUCCACAAACACAUUCAAGGGCCUUAUUGGUGUCUCUCCGAACGGGCUUGUAGCUUUUGUUUCAGAGCUUUUUACAGGCUCAAGUUCAGACAGAGAAUGUGUAAUAAGGAGUGGAUUUCUAGACUUAGAGUUUGAUGCUGGUGAUGCCGUAAUGGCGGAUAAAGGGUUUCGCAUCCACGACCUUUUGGAAAAAAGAGGUGUGAAGCUGAACUUGCCCCCAUUUUUGAAGGGCCGCACAUUCUCGCCCAGUCAAGUCGAAGAAACCAAAGAGAUUGCCUCACUGCGAAUACAUGUGGAGCGAAGGAUACAAAGGAUAAAGGCGUAUCACAUUUUUGAUCGGCCCAUACCCCUUACCUUGGCUCCACUGAUUAACCAGAUUUGGACUGUGGCAGCAAUCCUCAGCAAUUUUCAGUGCUCGCUUAUUCAGCAUUUGGGUAGCAUGCCUGAAAUGGUGGACUGAGUAGUGACAAGUAUGGAGGCCAUACAUGUAUAUUAGCCUGUGGGCUUUCACAAAAUAACUUUCUUGUUGUGUGACGUAGUAUCACCCCUAUCUCUCCCUCGCAGUAAAAAUCCUUAUCCUGGA